CCUGAGGCUCCCCCCUCCGCCUCCCACAAACACCAAACUCAGACCGAGAAGCCGCCGCCUGUUCGCUGUACGACUCACGCAAAGGGCCGCUGGUUUUCGACCCACAGGAAGGCGGAAAACAUGCAGCUGGGCCCGUGUUUCCUUCCGCCAUGCUUUGCCGAAACCGGCGGCACUCGCAGCUCCACGCUGACGAGAGAGAUAUCAACCCACGUUAGCUCGUGUUAGCUUGAUUCGUCUACGGUUUUCCUUUUAAUCGGGUUUCUUCGGCCAAGGGCACGAAUUAAGAGCUGACGGAUUAGAAGAUAGAGUGAAGCUGACGGAGAGAGAGAGAGAGAGGAUGGAUCAUGGAGGAAAUGGGAUGCCGAGGGGGAUGUUGCAGAUGGGCUCUGGGGGUUUGCUCGGGUUGGACGUCGCGCUGCCUCCGCAUCAACAGCAGAUGCAGCAGCAGGCGCGCCACAUGCUGCCUUUCCAGGCCGCCGGCGACGUGGGAGAACAUUACCCGUUUGGCCGUCACGGUCAGAACGUGCCCACGUUCGUGCGGACCAAGCAGCAGCCGGGCUCGUACGGGGAGGCUGAACCGGCGGAUGACCAGGCGGCACUGCGGUCUUUGACGCAACCGGCGCCGGCAGCGUCUCCGUGGCAGAGGAUGAAGUGGACGGACAGCAUGGUGAGAUUGCUCAUCAAGGUAGUGUAUCGCGUCGGCGACGACGGCAGCGGCGGCGGAGCUGAGGGUGAGCUGCAGCAUGUGGCAGAGGGCAAGGGGAAGAGUAAGGCGGGGGAGGGGGCGGCGGCGACUACGGCGAUGUUGCAGAAGAAGGGGAAGUGGAAGUCGGUGUCUCGGGCGAUGAUGGAGACGGGGUUUUCGGUGUCGCCGCAGCAGUGCGAGGACAAGUUCAACGACCUCAACAAGCGGUACAAGCGGGUGAACGACUUGCUUGGAAAGGGCACCGCCUGCCGGGUGGUGGAGAACCGGGCUCUGCUCGACACCAUGGACCACCUCUCGCCCAAGGCCAAGCAGGAGGCGCGCAAACUCCUCAAUUCCAAACACCUCUUCUUCCGCGAAAUGUGCGCUUACCACCACGCCGGAGGCGGUGGCUCCUGCGUCUCUGCCGCCGCGCCCCUUCCUCAGCAAGUGCCCCCGCCGUCACAUCAGAAUCCUCAGCAGCAGCAGCAGCAGCAGCAACAACAACUCUGUUUCCACCACUCUCAGUGUAGCCGCUCCGACGCGAAAGGCGUGGUCUCUAGCCGAGCCAUGGCGGCGCCGGUCGCCGCUGACGAAGAAGGAAUGAUGAUGGAUGAAGAAGUGGACGACGACGACGACGUCGACAGCGACGACGAGGAGGAUUUCGGCGACAGUGACUACGCGGACAAGGACUAUUUGGAAGAGGGGCACCGCAGCAAGCGCCGCCAUCACCCGCAGCACAAGCACGAGGAGGGAGAGGAGGACGUGGACAGCAAGGAGUUGGUGUCGCCGGGGAGAAAGAAGCGGAGGGUGUCAUCCCAAAUGUCGGCUUCUCCGUCGCUUUCGCUGACUCUCUCGUCGCAGUCCGGCGCAAUGCAGCAGCUGCAGUCGGAGCUGAUGGCCGCCAUGCCGUCCGGCGACGGCGGCGGAGGGGAGCAUCAGCUGCAGCAGUGGCUGCAGAAGAAGGCGGCGGAGCUAGAGGAGCAACGGGUGGCAUACCGUUGCCGCGCCUUCCAGCUCGAGCGGCAGCGCUUCAAUUGGCUCCGCUUCUGCACCAACAAAGAGCGCGAGAUGGAGCGCUCGAAGCUGGAGAACGAUCGCCGCCGCCUCGAGAACGAUCGCAUGCUGCUGCUGCUCCGCCAAAAGGAGCUAGAGCUGAUUCAAGCCGGCGGUGGCUUCGCCAAUGCAGAUCACCUUCCUUCCACCGCCGCCUAAAGAUCGACUUUAUCAAACCAUUUGACGACGAUCUUUACAAUCACUCAUCUCCAAGAAAAAGGGAAAAAAUCUUCAUCUUUUACUCUGUAAUCCUUAUCAGUCAAAGCAAAUCCGAACAAUUUAGUUUUGUAUUCGAUUAUUACUUUGUUGAAAACUAGCCGUUAAAUUAUUACAACAACAGCCCGAUUCUUCUCUCGA